AGGUCUCUUGCGUCUAUUUAUAGCAAAAAAAAAAAAAAAAGGUAUGUAUAUGUUUUUUGCUCUUGGCUCUUGCCAGUACUUCUUGGCCUUACAUUUCAAAAAGAGGAUAACGUGUCUAGGAUAUAGUUCAUUAAAAAACAAUAUAUCCACCAAUGAAAUGUCGUUGCUUUAAAACAGCAAUAAAUUGAAUCGAGUCCAGAUUCCUCUCUCGUGCUCCCCCUCCCCCCAAAGGUCCUCCAAAUUCUACUGAUUCAACACAACGGGUAUAAAUACCCUAUCUCGUUUACAAUUUGCAUUCCUUUUUGUGUAUAUAUACUUGUAAAUAGAAUCAUGUCUACUACUACCCCUUUUUCUGGCUGGUUACAGAAAUUGACGACUAAAAAUACCUUUGUCGCUUCACGUUGGCAAUCACGCUUGUUCGUCUUGUUGGAUACUGAACUACGGUAUUACAAGGACGAGCAUGCAGCCACCGCUUCAAAAACGAUCGAUCUUCGUGAGGUGGCACGGGUGAAAACCAUCACGCAUCCACAUCACCAGCACCUUUAUUGCUUCCGAUUAGAGCCUCUUACGAAAAAACAAAAAGCUUGGACGAUUGCUUGCAAGUCAAAAGAAGAAUUGGAUGCUUGGGUAUCCGCCAUCCACCUACGACUUGCCUCAUCCAGCACAACAACACCAACGAAACCCCAGCUACAACAGCAGCAUGUGAUGCGAGAGAAAGAAAUGUUGCUUUCACCUACAGAACAACCUUUCUCUACACCCGAACAAAACCGUCAGCCGCCUCCGUUGUCCUUGAUGAGCACUCUACACACCGACCAUGAAAACACAGACACUGCUGCCCCUGCAUCGCGUCCAAGGGUUGUUAAACGUAAAAAAUCAAAAGCAUGCCUUUCGCGCAGACGAGGUGUUAUUUUAAGCCCUUUGGAUAUUGAGGCCAUUCCCGGCUUACUGGAUGCUAGUGAAACAUCCUAUGAUUCUUCUUCCUCCUCUACAUCCGCCAUGGAUGAGCUUCAUAGCCGUGAUACGGAUCUUUGUUACGCUAUCGAGAUCAACCUCUCUCCAUCCUCCGUGGUGAGUAAAGACGAUCAAUCCAUUCUAGAAGGCCAACUAGAAGAAGCGAAUAAAGCAGUGCCUCAAAACGCUUAUUUACUCAACAUGUCUUCGCCUUCUUUUGCCAUUUAUAAAGAGCGUUUUCAUAUAUAAAAAAAAUGGGUAGGCAAGAUUGAGUGCUGGAUAAUUCAACGGACGCCUCUCAUUAUUAUUUAUCAAAAGAAUGUACAUAGUUUUUAAAAAAAAGGAAAUAAACACAAGACUUUUUUUUUUUCUUUCUUUCCCAUCUUGCUCAUCGAUGGAUCAACAACUUGCAAAUCAAUUAUUUGAAAAAGGCGCGUUUCUAUUGUUUCUAGAAGCCCCACCUCAUUUAGAAUUUGGCGUUGAUUAUCAUGCUUGGACCAUUGGUCCUUUAUUCAAGGGCGUUAAAAUGAUUCCUCCAGGUUUACAUUUCAUCUAUUACUC